AUGACUGACAGAGGCAAGUGUUCUUUUGUGUUGGGUAUCGAGAUGGUAAAGGAUGAAGGCAGCGUGACGAUGUGCCAACGACGCUACGUAGACGGUGUUCUGAAGCGGUUCGGCAUGAGGGAUUGCAAAGCUGUCAUCAGCCCAACGGACAUCACCCCUCAACUCCACCAAGUAACGCAGCGACCAAUACCGACGCUCCGUUUCAUGACGACCGCGACACGACCGGGCAUUGCCUUUACUGUGAUCUAUGUUUCGCGCUUCAUGGAUAAACCGCAAGUCGAGCACUGGAUGUCGGUCAAGCGUAUUGUGCGAUACUUGCAUGGAUCCAAAUCGCACGGCAUCUGCUUCAAACUCGACGACAAGAUGGAUUUCUACGGCUACUCGGAUGCAAACUGGGCCGGCAACCAUGUGAAUCGCAAGUCUACUUAG